AUGAAAGAAGAUAUUGGAGGUGUAUCAGUGAAAAUGGAGGAUGGAUUAGCAGAAAAAAAUGAGAAAGUUGGCUAUGUGAAAAGAGUGAUUAUAAAAAAGAAGAAACAAUAUCAUGGUAGCAAAGUGAAGAAGCCAAUUUCAAAUAAAGCACUUCAGAAGCUAUUUGUUUCAUGCAUGGAAACAUUCAAAGGACCUGACAAUGUUCCUUCAACAAGACAUGUACAAAAACUAUGUCACAUUCUUGAUAACAUGAAGCCUGAAGAUGUUGGACUAAGUAAGGAAAUACAAUUCUUCAAAGCAGAAAAUAUUGUGAAGGAAAAUCCAAGAGUGACAUACUCAACUAUAUACAAAUGUGACAAUUUUUCACUUUGUAUAUUUUUUCUACCUACAAAUGGUGUGAUUCCACUUCAUAACCAUCCAGGAAUGACUGUGUUGAGUAAGCUUCUAUUGGGACAAAUGCACAUUAAGUCCUAUGAUUGGGUUGAUCCUGAUGUUUCUCACAACUUGUUGAACCAACCAUCUCAAUUGAGAUUGGCAAAGUUAAAAGCUAAUAAAGUGUUCACAUCACCAUGUGACACUUCAGUGUUGUAUCCAAACAGUGGAGGGAACAUCCAUGAAUUUACAGCCAUAACUCCAUGUGCUGUUCUUGAUGUCAUUGGACCACCUUACUCUAAAGAUGAUGACAGAGAUUGCUCUUACUAUAAGGAUCAUCUUUACACUGCUUUUCCAAAUGGGGAGAUUGCUGAAUUGAAAGAAGAAGAUGAUAGCUAUGCAUGGUUAGAAGAAAUUGAGAUGCCAGAAAACUCUCAGAUGGAUGGAAUUCAAUAUUUGGGUCCUCAAAUUAUAGAGACUUAA